ACAUGACUUUAUCGCGGCGUAAACGCUUGUUUCUUCCUCCGGGCCGCGUGGGGGCGCUGUGUGGCAGUAGCGAACUUCAAUGGCGAACAAGGAAACGUCGGCAAUGGAUCCAUGUGGUUUCAUUAGUGACGAUACAAGUUGGUCAAAAUAGACAUUUAAAAUAGCAGAACAUGUGUACGUAAACAUUUUAUUCCAAAGAUUACAAGCACGUACCCACGUUAUGACUAACGGAAAGAAGCAGAAGGGCGCUGACACAGCGGUGCAGGGCACUAAUGACAGCAGUGUGCUCAGUAAAGUGUCUGCUGCAGCUCAAGGUUACUUCCAUGAUCCCUUCCUGCAGCAUUUUGUGUGCAAAGUGGCGAGAAGAGCUCCACUCAUCAACAGAGGCUAUUAUGUGCGCUGGAGAGCAGUGGACUGUUGUGUGCGCACCUUCCUGCAGGUCACGCAACAUUGUGCCAAGCGACAGAUUUUGUCUCUGGGCGCCGGGUUCGACUCAUUGUAUUUUCGCCUGUGUGCAGACGGGGUGGCACUGGAGAGAGCCGUGGUGUUUGAGGUGGAUUUCCCAGAUGUCACGCUGCGCAAGGCGGCUCUGAUCGGGUCCAAUGAGACACUGGCAGGAAUGUUGGACCUCCAGCAGGGACAUUCUCAUACAGGACCGGUGUGUGUGUCCAGCAGUCAGUACUUCCUUUUAGGGGUGGACCUGCGACACGACUCCCUGGUUGAAGAAGCUCUGAUGAUGGUUGAACUGGACCAGAAUGUCCCAACGCUCAUUCUCUCUGAAGUGGUGCUCACCUACAUGGAAACACAGCAGUCUAAUGACAUCAUCGCUUGGGCAGCAAGGUUCCUGCCCCACUCGCUCUUCGUGAUGUACGAGCAGAUUCGUCCUCACGAUCCGUUCGGUCGCGUCAUGCAGGAACAUUUCCUCAAAGUGAAUUCCCCCUUGCAUGCGCUCCAGCAAUACAGCAACACUGACGCACAAAGACAACGGUUCCUCAGCAAGGGGUGGGACGAGUGUGUGUGCGUGGACAUGAAUGACUUCUUCCUCACCAUGAUCCCACACGAGGAGAGGCUCCGAGUGGAAAGUUUGGAGCCUUUUGACGAGUACGAGGAAUGGCACCAGAAAUGCUCUCACUACUUCAUCCUCACAGCAUCUCGCGGUUCUAUCUUAGUGCCGUCCUUGCUCGUCCAUCCUCCAGUGACCCUAAAAAGUCUGUCUUGGAGCCCUGUUGCCCUCCCAGUGAGGACACUCCCGGUCCGAGUGGAGGGUCUCAGCAUGGCCUCCACCUGCUUGGACGUAGGACACGUCCUCCUCACUGGCGGCUCCUGCAGACGUGGCAGAGGAGCUCCGAGUCGACUCCUGCUCAAAGGCCCUGGAGGCUGGACAUGUGUGGGUGUCGAACCUUCCACGCAUUUGGGUGUCCGCCUGUACCACACGGUCACCUCCACUCCAGGAGGAGGUGCGGUCGUAUACGGCGGUCGCUGCUCUCCUCUCAAGCCGAUUGAGGGCCUCGUCAAAGUGGGCCAUCACGGUGGGUCACUUCAAGAGGAGCAGAUGGUCUGCACAGGUGAGCGUCCUCCGCUCAGGUGGAGACACACUGCUACUCUGCUCUCUCAUAAAGGAAAAAACUUGCUAUUUGUCUUUGGUGGUAAAAAUGAGAGCGAAGCGGUGUUGGGCGGUGGCUACUUCCUGGAUGUUGAUCAGCAGCACUGGGUUGAGGUGCCGGUAGAGGGCGCAGCACCAGAAGACCGCCAUUCCCACUCGGCGUGUUCCUACCAGGGAGGAGUGGUGGUCUUUGGGGGACUGGGAAGAAAAGGAGAGCCGCUUGGGGACAUGACCCUACUGAAGCCCAAAGAGAGAGGCUUCUGCUGGGAGAGGAUAGACGUGCAGCCCCCGCCUUGUCCCAGGUACUCUCAUUGCGCCCAUGUGCUCGGUGAGCAGUUGAUUGUGGUGGGCGGAGUUUGGCUGCAUUCGGACGGCGUGCCGGGAGUGGCCGUGAUGGGACUGGACACACGCUGCAGCGUGGAGUUCCGUCUGGACACGAGCUCAGUGCCGUACCCGCUGAUGUUGCACUCCUUCUGCUCCGAGCUGACGGACCAAAAGAAAGCAGAGCUGCUGCUCAUCGGCGGAGGAGGAAACUGUUUCUCCUUUGGGACACAUUUCAACCCUCACCUGGUUUCUGUGGACCUGCAGCCUGCGAUCAGAUCAUAG